AUGUUCUCCCCAUAUUCGGAAGAAUUCGAGGUCCCCGAAUCGACGCUUCGACCAUGCGACUUUGACCUUGUUGACCAAGGCGCGCCAGUACCGGGUCCUGCUAAACACACCCCCUCCCCCUCCCCCUACGUCUUUUUUUUCCCCCCGACAUCCAAGCGCCUGAAGACGUCGGCCACCACUAGCGCCCCGUCGCAUAUGCUUGCCCAACAACAAAUGCAUCCCUUUCACCGCGUUCCGACCUUCGAAGGCAUUCCCAUCCCGACUGCUCCUUUACCUCAACAAAACCCCGGCGCGUCGCGCAAACGGCCCCCUUCUCCUUCGACAGGAUCCUCAGGCAUGAUGGCAGCUCCAGGGAAUCCCUCAGGUAGUGGGAUGGAGGACCCCGGCGCUAUGCCCCCGGUCGAGGCUACGCCCAAGAAAAAGGGACGAACGAAUACCCCGUGGACUGCAGAGGAGGAGCAACGGCUUAAGACAAUGCGCGACGCUGGGCGCAGCUGGAGUGAAAUAGCCAAGACUUUCCCGACCCGAACCGAGGGCAGUGUCAAGAAGCACUGGUACAAGGACAUGCACUACGCAGAAUUUGCCGAAGAUGAGUCUGUGAAGCUUCGAGAGGCGAUCAAGGAAUACGAGGCGAAUAAGUGGAAAGUAAUCGGCCAGAAAGUGGGAAAGCCUGCUAAAGCCUGCGAGCAGUAUGCCAAAGAGCAUUUCAAGAAUGUCUGA